AACACUUGUACAGCAAAAUGCAAAUUUUUCAGCAGCAGAAGCAAAGAGGCUAGACAUUUGCUUCAUUCACAUCUCUGAGACGAUGGGAAAAGCUGUAGUGCUUCUCAUUAUGAUCGCCUUUAUUCAAGCGAAACUCUACAAACCAAAACCACGUGAUCUCUACGAUCCAAUACCAGAUAAGGAGAAGAACGUGAGAGACUUUAUCGACGAAUGCCCGGCUUUGUGCAGAAUGAUAAUGAUGACCGACGAAUUCUAUAAAGCUAAGUGCGGUAAAUGUUUGGAGGGAAAGUCAAGAUUUUAUCCAGUGUUUAAAAUGAAGACGACUUUAGAUCCUAAGUGAAGAAUAAAUAAUUUCUUGACAAA